UCAAGCUUAUUCCUUUGAUCCAGAGACAUGGCACCGGUUCAUUUUUGUUAUUGUCGCUCAAUGAAAUUCAACCGUCUCGAAAUGCAUGGACUCUGGUGGGCCCAAGACGAUGGAACCAGCCGGUGAACAGGGCAUGACGAAGCUUAAUUCUUGAUCAUCUGAUAUUUAGUAGCCAAUAACGUUGACGAAGAUCCUAAUUUCGCCCUAUAAACAAGCAUUUAAUGAACGGUCCAACUGUAUGGCGCGCUUGAAGAUAGCGGCGGCAAACCAAUGAUCAGUACGAGUACCGCCCCAAUCCCGCAAGCAAAUCCGCUGCUAGGGUGCAUUCUCCUCUCCAGCUGAUUCGACAACCUCAAAACUAUGCAAUCCCGAUUUCCGACGAAGAGCUACUCGAGCUACUGCAAGAAUCAGAGACACAACUAGCUCCAACACACUUCACAUAGGAUUAUCCAGUCAGAAGCAUCCUCCCAUCAUGAAGCGAAGCUUAACGGGCUUAGACGGGGAAGACUUCCAACCCCGCCUUUUCCCACCCGCAUCUGGAGCCUCCAUCUUCUAUCCCAGAAAGAUCUAAGAUAUCCAAAGCUUCACGGCGCUGAGAUUUCCACCUUGUUUUCCGACUGUUCUUAGUGUGUUCGAGAAGGACUUUGCGAUGCAGCCUCCAUGUGAUGUGUGCGCCACACGGUCUGGUUCGUGAUGUUUACAGGAAAUGAAGGCAUCGCGUUUUAACGACGCCAAAAUGAGAGACCAUGAGACUUCUAUAUAACUUCAGGUCAAUUCCUUCAAAGUUUUGGAAUCAGAUCAUCAGCUUCUUUCUGCUCUUAGCAUCUCAUCACAUUUUCAAACAGCCAGCGAACAACUAAACAGUGUUACUGGUCGCCAAUCCAGCAAUCAACCUCACCGAACCAACCCACAACAUAAAGCUUGAGUACUCUCAAUCAAGAUGUCCGGUAAACAAGACUUUGGAGCCGAAAAACACCCCCAGCAACUUGAAAUCGAAGAGAAUGGCCACUUCGACCGUUCUUGGAGAGACGAGAAGUGGGACGGCAACAAAACCCUGCAAACCGAAGCAGCAGAAGUCUUCGUCGACGAGAAGGAGCUUGGCCCUCUCGCUGCACUGAAGGCUUAUCCCAAGGCUGUGAUGUGGUCGCUCAUCAUGUCCACUUGUGUCAUCAUGGAGGGAUACGAUACCAACUUGCUCAGCAAUUUCUUCGCUUAUCCUUCGUUCCAGAUCAGAUAUGGUCGCUUCGUUGGAGUUUCUCGCCAAGUCCCUUCUGGCUAUCAACUCACUCCUGCUUGGCAAGCUGGAAUCAACAACGCUCCUGGUGUCGGAAGUUUCUUCGGUACUUUGCUCAACGGUUAUCUCGUUGCCAAGUUCGGUCAACGUCGUGUUGUAAUUGGUGCUCUUACAGCAUUGAGCUGCUUCAUAUUCAUCACUUUCUUUGCUCCCAAUUUGAUCGUCCUCUGCGUCGGAGAAAUUCUCUGCGGCAUCCCGUGGGGUAUCCUGGCUACCGCACCACCCGCGUACUCGUCUGAAAUUCUCCCAACAUCUCUCAGAACAUACUUGACUUCCUACACCAACAUGUGCUUCAUCAUCGGACAAUUCAUCUCCGCCGGCGUCCUCAAGGGCCUGGCAAGCCGCGAAGAUCAAUGGGGAUACCGCAUUCCCUUCGCCUUGCAAUGGGUGUGGCCCAUCUUCCUGAUCCCACUCAUCUACCUCGCACCGGAAAGUCCCUGGUAUCUCGUCCGCAUGAACCGCAUUGAAGAAGCCGAGAAGUCCAUCCGCCGUCUGCAGAGCCCCAAGGCAACGCACGUUAAUCCUAUGCGCACCCUCGCUACUAUCGUGUAUACCAAUAAUCUUGAAGAGCAACUCUCUGUUGGGACCAGCUAUUGGGAUUGCUUCAAGGGGUUUGAGCUUCGUCGAACGGAAAUAGCGUGUGUGUGCUUCGCUGGACAGAUUCUCUGUGGUAUCUGCUUUGCAUACAACAGCUCGUACUUCUUCCAGAAUGUUGGCCUCGGAACGUCCGCCACCUAUUCUCUUGCCCUCGGUGGAACAGCACUGGCAUUGGUAGGCUGCUUCGUCAACUGGUUCGCCCUCAUGCCCUACUUCGGCCGCCGAACCAUCUACGUCUGGGGCAUGGCAGGCAUGUGCGCCGUCCUAAUGCUCAUCGGCAUCCUCAACAUCUGGACCGAUCGCCCCUCCAUCGGCAUGACCCAAGCAGUGCUCACCCUCCUCUGGACAUUUAUCUUCCAGCUCUCAGCCGGGCAGCUCGGAUGGGCUCUCCCUGCAGAAAUGGGCUCGACUCGUCUCCGUCAAAAGACAAUCUGUCUCGCUCGAAACGCAAGCAAUCUGACCGGUACUAUUGGUGGGACUCUUCAGCAGUAUUUCAUGAACCCUCAAGCUUGGAACUUGAAAGGUUAUACUGGAUUCGUCUGGGGCGGAACCUGUUUCUGCAUGUUCAUCUGGUCCUACUACCGCCUCCCGGAAACCUGGAACCGCUCCUACCACGAGAUCGACGUCCUCUUCGCGAAGAAGGUAUCCGCGCGCGACUUCUCCAAAACCAUCGUCGACCCCUUCAACGAGCACGACAAUAACGUCCUCGCUAAACAAUACGAGACGAAGGAUGAGACGCGUCGCCCGUCGUUCGUGCCCAGUAUUUCGAAGAGGAUUGGCGAUAAGGCCGAGAUGGCGAUGAGGAGGGCGAGUGUGAUUACCGUUGAGGGCGAGAGGAGUAGGAGGCCGAGUAUUGCGCCGGCGGUGACGGAGUUUUUGCAGAGGAAUUCAAUGGGUGCUAGGGGGGUUUGAGGCGAGGGGGAGAUGGUGAGGAGUCAAGGAUUGAGGAUUGAGGAUGGGGCUUGAAGGGAGAAGCAGUGUGAAAAUUGAGGAGGGAUUUAUAGUCGUUGAUUCUGAUUAAGUUUGUAUUGUGCUUGUCAAGUCUUGGUUGUGAAAAUGCAAACUAUGAUGUUUUACUUCACUGCAAUGUUUGUCAAGAACUUUUGAAAUUCGGUUUGUACAACGCUGUAGCUCAUUUUAUGACCAAUUCAGCAACGGCUUCGCUGUGA